GAAGUGGAUGUAACUCUGGAUGUGGACACCGCUCACCCUAACCUACUGAUAGAUGGGAAAACAGUACGCUGGAUAAAGGAAACACCACAGAGACCGUGUAGUGAUAACAUGUUUGAUGAGGAUCCCUAUGUGCUGGGCAUUAUGGGUCGUGCUUGGAGGACCUACUGGGAGGUGAAUGUGGCGAAGAAGGAUGACUGGGUACUUGGUGUUACCAAGGCAACAGCUAACAGGAAGGGACAGUUGGUUCUCAGCCCUGCCAAUGGCUUCUGGGUAAUCAGGCUGUCCAAUGGGGGAAGACUGAAAGCCAUGGAUGAUAAGGAACAUGUUCUUGAGAAAGGUAUUCCAGAUAAAGUUGGUAUCUAUCUAGAUUAUAAGGAAAAGAAGGUGACUUUCUUUAAUGCAGAAGAUGGUUCACACCUCUACUCAUUUAUCAACGGACCAGGUUAUGAGGAUGAGGUCCGCCCACUUUUCUCACCCUGGAACAAUGAUACAGAUCCAAUCACAGUUUUGUCCGUUGAAAGUAAAAAAUCGAAAUAAUCUAAAGCAUUAAGGAUCACCUCUACAUCUGUCAAUAGGCUACUUUAUUGUGUUGGAGAGCUAAACUUGAGUGGUCUUAACUACACUAAUGAUGGUCAAUCACUAAUGAUUGUCACUUCAGUAAUAUUUACACAUUUGCUUGGAGGUGUUAAAAUUGUAUGAUACUUUUUUGCUUAUUAGAGAAAUGUGUUGCUUUCUCACAUUGACUUUAUAUUUGUUGUCUGACUUGAAUAAAAUUGAACUGCUA